CCAUCGAAUUCCUUAACCUCGGCCCAUCUACCAUCGAGGCAAUCCUCAGAUCCCACUACUGCCAUUCCAUAGUAAUCCACAAAUAAAAACUGAGAACGUGGGGUACUGGACAUAUGAGGUGUGCCACGGAAAGUACGUCCAUCAAUUCUACUCCGGAAAUGACAAGGUACCCCUAUCGCCAUGUCCUUAGAAAGAAAAACACGAGAAAAUGAACUUUAUGGGAUAUGUUAAUGACACUAUUUUAGAAGACGAGGAUUUGAACGUGACUGUCCAAGACGUCAAAUUCCUCGAGUCACUUUCAACCCGAUAUUACUCAGUCCAUGCCUAUGUGGCAGUCAAUUACACUGACGGGGACAUUUGUUUGUCCACGAAUGUUCCUCGGCACGUUAUGGUCUACUAUGUUUGUUUUGAUCAAUUUGAACCGUCAAUAAUUUCUAUAUCUGAGGUCAGUACGUGCGUUUAUCAAAUUGCGAUUGGAUUACAAACACUUUGUUCUUAUGAGAGGAAAGUUCGAAAUUCUCAGCAACGGAAUAUAAUUUCGUGUUACCAAGAUGAGUUGCCCAAAAAUGAUAAUUUAAAAAUCCCCGCACCAAAUGAAAUGACGGUCUCCGAACUGACGGAAUUGAUAGAAACGAGUCUCAAUUUAACUAUUUUUGUCAACACGUUUCCAAAGAAUGGACCAAUAAUGAUAUGGAUAAAUCUACAUAUUUAUUCUUGCUGGAAAAUAAAGCAAGUGGUCAUUUUUGGCGACCAACUCGAUGUUUUUUUCAGUAUACAGAAAAAAUGUUCAGCUACCAAAAUGCGACUGUGUCGGAUACGAUGA